AUGGACAUUACGAAUCGCAACAUAGCGCCCUCGAGCGGGGAUGCGACGAGCGAAGCCGAGGACAAAGAUGCGUAUACGGUUGGAUGGAUUUGUGCCCUCCCCUUGGAGAUGGCCGCCGCUGAGUUGAUGCUCGAUGAGGUUUAUGAGACGCCUCAAUUCGAGCAGGACGAGGGCGAUCACAACAGCUACACCCUAGGCAUGAUGCGAGGUCAUAAAGUAGUUAUUGCCUGUCUGCCAAAUGGUGUUUACGGAACCGACCCGGCCGCCACAGUCGCCAAAGAUAUGCUCCGAACUUUCAAAUCCAUUCGAUUCGGCCUGUUGGUUGGUAUCGGAGGUGGAGCACCAUCUUUGGAUCAUGAUAUUCGACUGGGCGAAAUCGUCGUGAGCAGACCCACCGGCACCAGUGGAGGCAUCAUUCAGCACGACCGGGGUAGAAAACGGAAGCACGAGGACUUUGAACGAACAGGGUCGCUUAAUGCGCCACCCCAGGCGUUACUCACGGCUUUGAGCCGCCUGCAAGCUCGUCACUUACGCGGUGGCAGUACCAUGUCCCAGUUCCUGUCCGAGGCACUUGGGAAGAUUGAAAAGGCAACGAUCAGACAGAAGUUUAGCCAUCAGGGCGAACCAAACGACCGCCUAUUUCGAGCGGAGUACGGGCAUGUCAGGGCUGAGUCCAAUUGUGAUGACUGCGAUGGCUCGCAAACUGUGCCGCGGACGAAGAGAGAUGAUACUGAGCCGUUGGUUCACUACGGUAACAUCGCCUCAGGAAAUCAGGUCAUGAAGGAUAGCGAGACCAGAGAUCGAUUGAGCAAGGAACUUGGGGUGCUCUGUUUUGAGAUGGAGGCUGCAGGACUAAUGCAAGACUUCCCUUGUCUAGUGAUUCGUGGUAUUUGCGACUACUCUGACUCGCACAAGAACAAAAUGUGGCAAGAUUACGCCGCUGCAACGGCUGCAGCUUUUGCCAAGGAGCUUUUAUCUAUAGUAUCCUCUGGCCAGGUCAAGAAGGAGAAUGAGAUUGUACUUGAUCCCAAGCUCUACACCCUCGUGUCUGAUAUAAGAAAUGGCAUACGAAAUCAAAGGCAAGAGCAACAUGCUCGCCAUGUAGAUGAGAAAGAUCAAGAGUGCUUAAGGGCACUCUCUCGGACAGACUCUUUUGUCGACAAGGAGCAUAUAUUGGAGAAAAAGGACAAGCUUCUCCGAAAGUCGUAUCGUGGGAUCAUUGACAAUCCCGAAUUCCGGCAGUGGCGUAACAGCACGCAGAGCCGUCGACUAUGGAUCAAGGGAGAUCCAGGCAAGGGAAAAACAAUGCUCCUCUGUGGUAUUAUCGAAGAGCUUGAGAACAGCAACCGUUUGUGCUACUUUUUCUGCCAAGCCACUGAGGAAAGGCUUAGUACUGCAAAUGCCGUUCUACGCGGACUCAUCCUUCACCUGGUGCGACAGUACCCCGCACUCAUUUCGCAUGUCCGCAAAGAAUACGACAACAAAUACGAAGCCACCUUUGUCGGUCACAACGCGUGGCAGGACUUGUGCAGGAUACUGGAGUCCAUGCUGGAAGAUGAGUAUCUGGGCGAGGUUUUGAUCAUUGUGGACGCCCUCGACGAAUGCAAGGAUGUCGGCGAUCGCGAGAAGCUGUUAAAGUUCUUGUGUAAGAUAUCGUCCAGUUCUCGCGCGAAGCUUAUUGUUUCGAGCCGGAAUUGGCCAGAUAUUGAGAAGGAACUGGGCAAGAAAGAAGACUACGCGGUGACUCUAUCUUUGGAAUUAAACGCAAGCAGCAUCUCACACGCUGUAAACAAGUACAUCGAAUGGAAAGUGGAAGGUUUCGCGGAAGUCGAGCCCUACAAGAGCAACAGCGAUCUCCUUAGGUCAGUACGAAGUCACCUGGAGGAAAACUCCAGAAACACUUUUUCUGGGUUUCGUUGGUCUGUCAAGAGCUUUCUGGAAGCAAAGCAACCAGCAGACGUAACGUCAAAAGAAUCCUUGGCCAGUCCCCAGCAGGCCUUGGAGGCCUAUACGGACGCAUGA